AUGAAGGGUUUGAUCGGAAAGUUAGUAAGGAAGAAGGAGCAAUCUUCAUCGUGUUCGCCGCCUCCAUACUCAAGAUUAUCAUCAUGUUGCGAGGAUGAAGUGAAGAACAAACAUCAAAGACAUAAUCAAGCUAAAAAGAAAGGGUAUGUACCUAUUAUGGUAGGGAAAAGUGAGGAAGAAGAAGAAAGAUUUAUGGUGCCUCUUGGUUGGAUGAACCAUCCUUGUAUUGUUGAAUUGUUACGUGUAUCCGCCAACGAGUUCGGGUAUCAUCAACAAGGUGUUCUACAAAUUCCUUGUGAACCGCAACAUUUUAGAGUUGUUAUGGAGAGUCUUUCUUGCAAAUAG